UCAUUCGAUCAGAUCAGAAUACAUCUGAGCUUUGAGCUGUUGCUUGAGUGACAGGGAACAUCAUCAUCAUCAUCAUCUGGAAAAAUGGUUGACAAAUUCGUGGGAACAUGGAAGAUGACCACCAGCGAAAACUUUGACGAGUACAUGAAGGCUCUAGGUGUGGGUUUCGCUACUCGUCAGGUGGGAAACCGGACCAAGCCCAACUUGGUCUUGUGUGUGGAUGAUCAGGGGCUCAUAUGCAUGAAGUCGCAGAGCACCUUCAAAACUACUGAGAUCAAAUUUAAACUCAAUGAGUCAUUCGAGGAGAUCACCGCGGAUGAUAGAAAGACUACGUCUGUUGUGACUCUUGACAACGGCAAACUUGUGCAGAAACAGACCUGGGAUGGCAAAGAGUCGACGAUAGAGAGGGAGGUGACGGAUGGGAAAUUAGUUGCUAAAUGCAUAAUGGGUGAUGUGGUGGCUGUGAGGACAUAUGUGAAGGAGGCAUGAAGUUAUCCAAUCUGGAUUUGAAGAUGCCAGGCUCAGUUCAAUGAGCAAAAAGCCAAAGUGAAAUGUUAUUUCUCUACUGAAAAUCUCUUAUUUUUGACACCAAAGCAAAUGCGUGCUGAUCAUUUUAAAAUGCAUUUAUUAUCAGUCUUUAUGGUGCUUUGAAUAAAGUUGUUUUUAUUUGCCUUCAGCUGAGUUGUGGUUUGUUGAUCCCUGCUGUUUUAACAUAGGCUUAGUCAAAAUGUUUGACUAACAGUUUUAAAAAAUCUAGGCCAGAGAUUUAACGUUCACAGUAAGGUGUGUAUGCUAUGAAAGAUAUCACAUAAUACAAGGUGUGAGAUGAUUAGGCCACGCCUUCUAACGAAUAAUAUGAUUAUGUUCUGAACAGUCACAUAUGUCACAUCUAUAAAAACAUCCAAGAAAUCCCUAAAUUAACCACUUUCCCGUCAGUUUGCCUGCUAGCAUAGUCUUCCAUCUUUUGGAACCCUUACAUAUUUGUUAACAUUUCUCAAAACCUGACAAAGUGUUAAUAAUGGUUUAAUUAUUCACAUUUCGUAAGAUUUUGGCUAGUAAUCAAAAGGAUAAAGCACUCCUUAAGGAGCAACAACGAAAGUAUUUUCUCACAGCAUUAAAUUAUGUAGAGUCUGUUACUUCAUGAUUUGUUGUUCAUAUGUUUCUGGCC